AUGCGGGAAAGUCGGGAUGCAUAUUUGGCUCCAGAUUUAGACGACAGUAACGAAAUCGAUGGAAUGAUUAAAGAAGACAGGUCUAUCGCCGGCGGAGGACAAACCACCAUGGACGGCGUUGGCGUAGCCAUAACCAUAACCACGGCUAUAGCAAUCGAUAAAGAUAAGAAUAGCCAAUAUGCAGUUAAAUGGACUCUUGAGAACGUCGUCGACAAUAUGUCAUGCGUUGUGCUUCUUCAUGUUCUCACCCAAACCACUUUACCUGAUGAAGCCGGAAUUGGCAAGGAUGGUAGGCCCCCAACAGAAGCUGAAAUGCAACAGUUUUUCCAACCUUUUUCUUCACUUUGUGCUCUCAAAGGGGUUAGAACAAAGAAGGUUGUCUUAAAGGAUUCAGACGCUUCUAAUGCCCUUAUUCUAUACGUCACCAGGAAUGCCAUAACUCAUCUUGUGGUUGGUUAUCGAUCCCGUUUAACCAGGGCAUUCAAAAGCAGUUCAGAUGUGGCAUCCAGCUUACAAAGAUCAUUACCUGAUACUUGUAAUCUUUAUGCGGUUUCUAAAUCAAAAAAUCAAAAACUCAAAUCUGCCAUUCAGAGUCCUGCCCCUAACACCUUGUCUGCAUCAACAAAUGGAACACAGAACUCCUCAGAAGAAGUGGAUUUGUAAGUUGGAGUAUGUGCAUCCCCCUAGAUAACAUAUGGCUGAAUUAAAUGGAACUGGACAAGCUUUCUAAACUAUUUUUCAUGAUGAGGAUGAGGGCAUUCACGUCGUUUGCAUAAACGAUGGAUUGAGAGUGCACCCAUGUCCCUUUUAGGUGAGACAAAAAAUUGCAAUUUUUUGUCCCAUCAAUCAUUGUCUGACGUGUAGUUUCUUUUUAAGGUUAUUGUCUGAAAAGUCCGUAUAUUUUAGGCUCAUUUCCGAUAAAGUUUAUAUUUUUUUUAACAAAAAGUAACAAGUGUUAAGAUUUAUGGAGUCAUGAACAAAUUGACAAGUUCCUAAGAGUUCAAGGGCCUAUAUUGAAACUUUACAAUUACUCACG